AUGUGGAUGGAGAAGAGGUCGGGUGUUGAGCUGAAUAUGGAACCACAUGAAGGAGGGGGCCUGAAGGAGCUGGUGCUUCGAUGGUUUACUGAGACACAGGCACCGCUCGUCCAGCACAAUGGAAACUUCCCUGAUUGGUUUCAAGGCCUUGCUACAAGAAAGGAAGCAGAGGAUCUCCUGAGGGAUAAAAGUAUGGGCUGUUUUCUCAUUCGUCUCAGUGAUAAAGCCUUCGGCUACAUCCUGUCCUACAAGGGUAAUGACAGGUGCCGCCAUUUUGUUAUCACCCAAAAUCAAGACGGACAUUUUAUCAUAUCAGGAGACUCUCAGACAUACGGCAGUCUCACCGAGCUGAUCCAACACUACAAGGUGGACACAAAUGAACUGUAUGAUGUGGUGAACUAUAACACCAAACAGAUGUCUGGGGUGAGCGUGCAGGCACUGCGGACUCUGUGGGAUCAGAAAAGUGAUCAUCACAGCCAUGUGGGUACUAAUCAAAGGAUUCAGCAGCAAAAUGACCCUCCUGCAGUUCAGCCACCCAUACCACCGAAAUCCACAGCCAGAAGGCUGACGGGGACGGUGUCUGUGGAUGCAAUGUCUCUUUCCCAGGGUAUGCCUCCAGGACCAAAAAGAGGGAUUCCUCUAGGAUUUACCCUGAGUGGUUCCUUGCCUGAUACAACUUCACAUCCAAUGAAAUCCCAGAUGGACGCAUACAGAGCAGAUGGAAUCAUGGCAAACACAAAUUCAGCAGUAAUGUCUAACAAAGACUCGGUUGAUGCAACUGACACAAUGUACCCUGGUGAUCUUUUUCCUGGCAUCACAACCUCUCAGUCGACACAAGUAGAGAGCAGGAGCAAAUCCCUACCACAACUGGACAACAACACCACAGAGGAGGAGUACUCCAACCAGCUCAGCAGCCUGUCUCUGACAUCGCCUGCUCCAGGAAAGAGGGUUACCUGCCAAACCUAUUCCCUCCACACACCCCAUGAAAGCGUGAUCAGGUCAGAAGAGCACAAUGAUGACCAGGAAAUAUCAAGAUCCAACCCUCUGUACCAGACCUCUGAGGGGUCUGAAAGCCGUUCAACCCAGCGAGGAGAUGACAUGUAUGCUGAGGUUCCUCCGGUGACAACUCCUGCUAGGCUGCGAGAUGACACCUACGAGCAGAUCCCUGGUGAGGCAGCUGCUGUUCAAGGCAACACUUAUGAGACGCUGGACGACAUGAAGACCAAGAAGUCAAAGUCCACCUGGAGUAAAAGUAACAUGAAGUGGAAGAAAUUCCUACCUGACUACAAGAAGAAAUAAAUGCAGAAUCUGUUGUGGAGAACCUCCUUAAUAUAAACGAGAUGAACAUUGCUCCUCCAGUUAUUUGUUCUUAUAUGCAGAUGACUGUGUGCUGUGAGUGACAUAGGGAUAGAGAUAAAGUCAAGAUAAGAGGCUUACACAUAGGUAAGAUUAAGAAAAUCAAAGCUACAAAAAACCCUGAGCUGGACAGACGAGGGUUUUUUGGGACUGAACCCAAUCACAAAUGUUUUUAAAGGAUUGGUUUUGUCUGAGGUUGGGUCCUUGGAUAUGAACAAUGUCUAAUCUGUAA